GAUAUUUUAAGCAUAGCUCCGUAGGCAUGGCUUUGACGAACCACCAACAUCGGCUGUGCAGGAAUGCAUGCGUCGCUCCCACACGUAUGCGGCGGCGAGCUUGUAUAAGUUUACGUGCAUCAAUGGCAGAAGCGCAACCGCUGCGCAAGGGACCUAUGGUGAAGAUCUGCGGCAUCACAAAUCCCGAGGACGCCCAGCAUGCAGCCAGCCUAGGAGCCGAUCUCCUAGGUAUGAUCAUGUGGCCCAAGGCCAAGCGCGCAGUCAGCGCCGAAACCGCCCGCAGCAUUGCCGCGGCGGCCCGGGCGGCGGGGGCGCGGGCGGUGGGUGUGUUCGUGGACGAGGACGCGGCCACCAUCUCAGCCAGGUGUAGGGAGGCGCAUAUCACGGUAGCGCAGCUGCACGGGGAUGGAGCCAGGUCCGCGCUGCCCGACCUGGACCCCUCCCUGGAGGUGGUGUACGUGCUGCAAUGCGCCCCGGACGGCACCCCGCGCACCCCCCCGCCCAGCCAGCUGCUGGAGGGGCUGGGCAGGGCGGGCGGCAGGCGGCCGGACUGGCUGCUGCUGGAUGGAGUGCAGGGCGGGUCGGGUCAGGCUCUGGACUGGCGGCGGCUGACGGUGCCGGCUGGCGAGGCGGUCCGCGGCUGGCUGUUGGCGGGGGGCCUGCAGCCAGGCAAUGUGGCGGAGGCGGCGCAGCUGGCGCGACCCGCCGGGGUGGACGUGUCGAGCGGGGUGUGCGGACCGGAUGGCCUCAAAAAGGACCCUGCCAAGGUCUCCGCAUUCAUCCAGGCGGCCCGCGGGGUCAGCUACCAGUAGCCCCGGCAGCAGUAGCAGGGAUGGCUGUACGGUGGGCAUCAUUGCAGGUGCCAUGGUGCUCAACUGCGAAUGACGGCACAUGGCGUCACAUUUCAUUGCAUUAAUUAAAGGUGUUUAGGUGUGUGAGCUGAGAGUGACGAGCGAACCACUUGCGAUGGGCGAACACGAACAUUAUCCAGCCCCCUUGGAGCUCCCCUAGGGAAGGCGGUUUUGAGGACAGAGUGACCCGACUGGCAAGGUGGGAUUGGAAUACGCCGGUAUGUAUGGAAGGGUCCUCCAGAGGCACAGGGCGGGGG